AGAGAGACAACACCACAGUCGGCCAGCCAGCCAGCAGCAGGCAGGCAGUUGUGCGAACUUUUUGGCAUUCCAGAGGAACAGAGCGAGUGAAACAACCGACGAACACGUCGGAACUUGGCACACAGCACACACGCACACGCACGUUUCGCAGGACAGUGGGUGGCUGCUCGUUAGCUACUGCUGAUUCCUUGUACUACUACUGCCACUGCAUCGGACAAGAAGUCAGAGAAGAAGAAACAACAAACCGUGUCUCGCCGAGAGGAGAGCUCGAGGAGAAAGCGCGCCAGACAUCAUCGCCGUUGGUAGCUCGCAACGGCACGCACCAUUAUCACUUGCGAAGAAAAACGCACGGAGAGAAAAUUCAUAACCGUCGAAAAUUUUGCUUCGGUGCGCGAAGCGAAAGCUCGAGACAGCAGCAGCCGCGGCACCAGCAGCGCAGCUCGUCUAGGUGUGCGCAAACGGAGAAUCAUCAUUCGACGACGAUCAUCGUCGUUUUAUCCAUCGACGACGACCUCGAGGCAUCCGCUAAUUCGCGUCGCAUGGGUUAAAUGCUCUGGCGAAGAUGGCCGAUGACGAUCCCCGGCAGCUCAAGGAGGAUGGCUUCCUCAGCGUUGACGCCCCGUGCAGACAGAUCGUUUACCACCCGAGUCUGAACGUCCUCCUCAUCACCACUGCCAGCAAUCAACUCGUCGUCUUCGAUGUCAGCUCCGGUCUUAUUUUGCAACAGACCGAGUCGGCCGGAAAUUAUGAUGGAAAAUUCAAGGGCGUUCACUUGGGAGGGGUUGACAAAAUUUUGUACACUGAUGGAAAAAGCAUUGGUGUCAGAGGAGAUUAUAAUGGUGUCUUACUCCUGGAUACACUUUUACAAACUCCUCUAUCUAAAGGAGAAGAUAUCGUUAAGUUGGAAAUGUUGCGUUCAGAAGCUUUAAUAUUAUAUCAUCAUUUGUUACAAUCAAAACUUGUUACAAUAGAUCAUGUAACAGAAGUGUUGAAUGAGUUGAACAAAAAAAUCACUGCUGAAAAAGCAGCUAGGAAUAAAGUAAUUAAAGCUCAAAAGUGGUCCACAAUAUGUGUAGAACUGCCACACACUGCACUAAAACUUGUGUGUUCGACUUUGGUAGUAGACCUUAAAAAACAAAACAAGCAUAUACCUGUUUUACCAAUUGCUUCUGCAAUUAAUGAAAGACUCAAUAGUCUAUUACCGUCUUCGAUUCCUUUAGAUCCUGGAACUAAUGGAAAAGUAUUAAUGUACAGUGAAGCAGCUCGCAGAGAUACUUUUUUUAAAUGGCCUCACAUGAAUUACAAAUGGGCUUUACCAGAUCAAAUGGCUCAAGCUGGAUUUUACCACCAACCAAACACUACAGGGGAAGACAGAGCAAUGUGUUUUACAUGUAGUGUUUGCUUAGUGUGUUGGGAACCCACAGAUGAGCCCUGGUCUGAGCACGAAAGGCAUUCACCAUCUUGUCCAUUUGUUAAGGGCGAAUAUACACAAAAUGUACCAUUAUCUGUUACACUAGCCACAGCACCAGCUGUUUUUGUUAAUGAAAAUGUGGAUGUUAUUGGCUCAACAAACAUUAAAACGCUCAUUGCUACAUCAUCUCAAGGAGGGUUUAUCAAUGUUUGGAAUGUUCAGAAUAAUUUGAAGAAGGAGGCCCACUUUUAUUUGACUGCUUGUAGUAUUUCUUCGAGUAAUAAUGGUUGGUACGAUUUCAGUGCAACGAAAACUCUUCCAUCUUUAAGUUCUGGAUUUUUACCCAACCCUCAUGAUACAGAAGCACUGUCAGAUGAUUACAAACCUAGUACCAGUACAUGUUUAAAUCCUAAAACUCAGCUGACAGCACUUGCAUUAGUGAAUGGUUUAAAAUCAACAACAAAUGACAAAGGCAAAAGUCAAGAUCAAAAUGAAAGUAGCACUUUAGCAGAUUCAUUUAAAUCCAAACCAUGUCUUGUCAGUGGUGUUUCUGUGAGCUCUAGAUGUGUUCCUAGUAUUAAUGUUGUAUGGUCAUCUACAUCUAAUAUUGCUUCAUCAUCAUCUCUAGUUCAUGCUAUGAAUAGUGCUAAUAGUGCAGCAAGUGAAAUGAACAGUCUUGACAUUAUGAAAGUUGCCACAAGUGAAGCUGCAAGUAAAGACUUGUCUACUACUACACACUAUCUUGUAGUUUGUGAUUUCGAUCAUAAAUCCAACUCUUUAGAGUCUGUAAGUAAAGAUAGUUCAAAAGACAGUUCGGGAAAGAGCAAAAAACAAAUUUCUGGAACUGGUACAAGUGCUAGUUCAAAUGGAGUGAGACAAGAAACUCUAUAUCAAGAAAUAUUUUUUAGUAAAUUUUUGCUUGACGAAAUUAAUGAAGAAACGGAAAUGAAUACUAGUGACCAACUAGGAAUGUAUCCUACUGUACCUCUAGUUCCUCCAGUCUAUUAUAGCAAUAACACCAAUCCACCAUCUAGUUCAUUUGAUACUAAUUCAAAUCCCAUUGGUUCUUUUGUAUCUGAACACGUUGCAUCUACAUCUGCAAUUGAAAAAGCUUGGAGAGCAUUAGAUGUGAAAAAGUCCAACAAUGCCAAACCAAUUGUCAUACAAACUUUGCGGGUCGAGGGUCAUGGAGCAUUAAGGAUAAACAAUAUUUUGCCUACAAAGGAUGGUAAACAUUUAGUGGUUACUAUGUGCCCUCAAGAAGAAGAGUCUGUAGAUGACUUGAUCACCAAUACAUUUCACAUGGAAGUUGACGAGGAUGGUAGUCCUAAAAAUCCAAUGAAUUGGGAUUCUACAGAAAAUCCUGAAGAGCCUCCGGAAAAACCAUUGCCAAAUGGUGUAUUUACUCAUGCAGAAGAUGAGGAACUUCCAAAUGCUUUAAUCAUUAUUUACGCUUUGGAUUUUUCUGGUAAAGUUGUAAGAUUAGCUCCUGAACCGAUUUUGAGACGAGAAUUGCCGCCAAGUCAAUCGCCAAAAGAAUGCGUACUUAUACCAAUAUCUGAGAGCGAUUCAAGUUUUGGUACAAGUAUGUUAAAUGCACCAAGUACUGAAGAUGUAUUACGAGGACAAAUGGCUGUAGUAUGUCGAGAUGGAAUUAUUCGAUUGUUGGAUCUUGCUAGUCUUAAAACAAUUACUGAAACAAACUCUGAAGAUCAAAAUCAAAAGUUUAUAUCAGCUGCUUAUUGUAGUCGAUUGGAUAAACUUUGUGCGUGUACUAAAGACGGUGCACUUCAUUUUUUUAAUAUAACAAAUGAAGAUGAGUCUUCCGAAGAUAAAGAUUCUGUAACUUCUGACAUGAUUGUUGAUGCAAACAGUGAUGAAAAUGAAUUGAAUACUCCAAGUACUUCUAGGUCAUCUAACAUUAAUUCAGAACUUAUGCUAGCAAACAAGCAAAAUUUAUCACAUGCUGAUCUUCAAAUGCUCUAUGGUCUGACAAGAUUUGACUGGCAUUCACCUGCAUAUGGAGCUAAUGUACCACCUUGUUGGAGUGAAAUGAUGCAAGCCCAACGCCAACGUCGGUAUCCCCAACAUCUUCAUCAGCAGGAGGACCAACAUCACACACGAACAUGGCGAUUACAGAGUGACGGUACAUCUUGGGAUGACCAUUUAUUUGAACUCACACUGCCACGAAAUGCAGCUGGAAAUGUUGGUCACGUUGAUGUUCGUUUUACUUUACAUUAUCCAUGUCACGAUCUUCCAAACAUUCAAGUGACACUGUACAAACAAAAUGUAAACAGUAUUGUUAACAAAAAAAAAGGUUUGGCUGUACAGGUUGAUGAGGGAAUCGAUAUCAAUAAAUAUUGCACCGACCCUACAAGCGAAAAUCCUGAUACUUCAGAAGAUGUGGGAAAAGUCGCAAAUAUGGAAAUUUUGAGUGGUCCUAUAAAUCUUAAGAAUUGCAUGGAUUUAUCUGAUCAUUCGGGCUGUAUAACUCUCACCAGUCCAAAAUUGUUCAAAACUAAAGCCAAAACACUUAUUGUUCAUAUUAAAGCAUGCAAUGAUUCUUUGAAAGAAGGAACAUCAAAAUCUCAAACUAGUUUUUUGGAAUCGAAGCCGCCGACUUCUAAAAAAUUGAGAAUAGAUGAAACCGGUCCACUUCCGCCGGGUGCGACCAUAGAAAGAGUUUCCAGUAAGAAAUCAGAGAAUCAUAUUGGUUGUGACUGGAUUCAUGAAAUUUCCAUUACGGUUAGAACUGUACAUCCUACAUCUAUUCCUAAUGAAAAAUUGCAGAGGUGUGCUAUGUUGGAAUCCAAACGUUUUAUUGAAAAUUUGUUGAAUAUUGCUUGCUUAGAAACAUCUGAUAAGUCACCAGUUGUACAGUCAUUAGCCUUGGAUAUAUUAGUAUGGGUUGCUGCAAUACGACUGACUAGAUACAAUUCUCCUUCUAAUACAAAAGUCCGAACAUUCCAGUUGGAAAUGAUCCAUUGUGUUGAGAAAAGUCUACCUGCAUUGUUACGUAGUUGUAUUUUGGAUGCUGGCCGAAGUAUCGCGCACAAGUGUAUUAAGUUAAUUAUAUUGUGUCUUGAGGACGUUAAUAAUUUAGAAGAUAUGGCGCCUCGUACAUUUGAAGAUAGUCUGUUAUCAGUUUUAGAGUCUAUAUUACCUAAUAUAGUAAGCAUUAAAUGGGCUGGCUCUUUAAGAUGGUUUUCUGUACUUUUGACAAAACUGUUGACAUUUGAUAGAAGUCAUAAAGUUGCUCAUCAGUGCAUCAAACUUAUUCAAGACAUAUCUUCAGAAAUGUCAAAACGAGUUGAUCCUUAUCACUUAUUACUUGCAACAAGAUUUGGGUUGUACAACUCGCCAUUUGAAACUGAAUUAUUUGAAUUGGAUCCACCCUUCUCGAUGAAGCCAAAUUCUUUAUCUACAGUUUGUAGUAAUAUUUAUACUUUCAAUGGAGAUUCAAUACCGUUAUCUCAAAUCUCUUUACAAUCAACACAUUUGCAAGAUUCCAUUGAUUUGAGGGAUUUACUAUCCUUACCCUUACAUUCUGCUAAUGAUUUAGUUGUACCGAGCAAAUUAAAAUCACUCUGCAAUAACCACACUAUGAGGGGGCUUCUGGAGGUUGAGCCUCUUCAUUUCACUUGUCACGCAGCGUCCGAUGGUACAAAACUGGAAAAAGUGGAUGCUUUUGUACCCACAGUUUCUACCAUAAAUUCUGGUGUAUUGUACGAUUCAGCAGCGCCUACAACAGCAAAUGCUACAUCUGACACCAAAACAAUUCAUCAUGCAUACAACUUUGAUGCUGCUACUUUGGGUCCGGAUCUUCAAGCAAAACUAACAACCAAACUUACGGAUUUUCUGAGCCAAUGUGUAAAAAAUGUGCACAAACCGUCUACAUUCGAAUCAUUUUCGAAGAAAAAUCAUGAUUAUCACACAUAUUCGUUAGAAGAUCAGUCGGAUAGCGAUGAAAUCAACAUUCAUAGUCAAUUAGGAACUACUCACAUCUGGAGUGUUUACAGUGACAAACCAUCUCAAUUGUCGACUGUACCUAAAAGCGUCAAGUCUCCAUUAAUCUCUAACGUUGUUUCUACAGCCUCUACUUCUGCAACCACUAGCAAACUUAAAGAUGCAAGUGCUAAAAAGAAAGAGGAUAUUAAUUUCCCAUGGGGACGACUACUGUGUUGGCCACCGCAGCAAGCUUUGGUAGUAGAAAGAAUGCAUUCGGGAGCAAGAAGAUUCGUUAUUUUAGAUUUCGGUGCUCCAGUGUUGCUUACCGAUUUUAUGAUACCUGCGUGUAACGACUUGGUUUCCCUAUCAAUUGAUGUAUGGACUAAAAGUGAAGAAGCAGACGGUGUGAGACUUGUAGUAGCAGGUGACAUAGGUACUAAACCAUUGGCUGUAAAUGAUCUCCAACCACCACCAGUAUGCAGAUACUUGAAGAUAACGACAAUCGGAAGAUAUGGCAUGUCUACGACAAGAUGUAAAAUACCUUUAGGAACGUUUAACGGACACAUGAUUGUGCUACCGGGAGAAGAUUAUGCCGAACAAGUUAAUGUUUCCAAAAAUUAUUCAGAAUUGCCGUUACGGAACAACAUUGAGUCACAGUGUACAGUUUUAUCUGCCUUAGCUGAAGACGUACAUUGCAGAUUUACAUUAGCGACUGAAAGAUUGAAAAGCUAUCUAGACCCAUUACUAUGUGCCGAAACAGCUAAUGUGUUACACAUGCAAUAUUACUUGAGUCAAGGUAAACACUUUGAAACCAGACAAGACGGACCCUCGGGAAAAAUUUUAACAACGUAUCAAGAGUGUGUAAUGUAUCAACACCAACUUAACAUAAUAAGAAGUGUUUGGCAAAGGUUAGAGAAUUGGAGAAAUCCCGAGAACUCAACAUCAAAUACUCUUGCUAAUGCAUCCACCGACAAAUUGAGGAUUCUCGGUGAAACCCUUUUAGACAUACUUUUGUAUACUAUCUAUGAAAUUGGCCCUAUUCCUUCCGUACCAGCUACGCUGUACGAUGCUUUCACACCUUCAGUUUGUGAACAGUUAUUCAAUUCUAUAUGCGUUAUGACGCCUGCACCACAUUUACAACUUUAUGUCGUGGCUUUAUUAGCCAAAGCAGCUGGGCAUAAGGAUUGGUGGGGUCAAUUCCUUGCUAAUACUUUAGUCAAUCUUUAUUCAGUGUCCUCUAUACACAUUUUUCCUCAAGACCGAGUUUUCAUAUUACUAACAUUCUUGGGGCGAAAGUCUUUGAUUACUUGUAAUAAUAAAUCAUUAGUAAUUGACGCCAUGGUUUCUACUCUUGGAAAAUUGUUGACACCUCUAUCAUCAACACAACCAAACGGUUCUAAUAGGUUGGAUAGCAGUUUAAUUGGAUGGGUAUUACUGUUUUUGUCAGUGUGUUUAGAUACAACAGCUAUUCAUUCGUCUCCUGCAGAAGAAAAUCAAGAUAAAAUGAAAGAGCAACAAGGAAUUUCGAGUCGAUGGGAAUUCAUUCAAGGUGAAGUAGCUAUGCAGAAAAAAUUUGUAGGAUCAGGUAGAAAUUCUGCUUCGCGGAAUUAUCGUAAAAAGUUACAGAAGCGCCUUAUGCAUCAUAAACAAGUUUUGCAAGAUGCUGAAGCAAAAAAGUAUCAUCCUUCCUCGUCGCAGGCUACACUUUUUAUGCAGACUGCCAGCUUAUCAUCUAAACUCGAAGCAGCAAUCAAAAAUCAAGAGAAAAUGCAGAAAAAGCAAACAAAACAACAUUCUUCUUCAACCAAACAUUUUAAGGACAUAUUUGGUAUAAGAAGGCAUGAAUGCCAUUUUAACAGAGUUCCUAAAGCUGCAUCAACAUCCAGCGCAAGUCAAUCAUCAGAGCCUAUGGAUUCAGAUGGAGGCGACAAUUCUAGAAAUUUAUCAUAUCAAACUAUUUUACCUGUAGCACGUGAUUUGGUAUCUUUGCUUUUAAACAAUUCAUCUAAUGUUGAUAUGUUCCUUCUGACUUGCAAAGUUAUUGCAAAAUUAGUAAUAUCAACUCAGCCUGUUAUAACAUUAGGAGAACUCAUGACGCAGGAUCAACUUUUUAAAUUAAUGAAAUUAGCUACUAAAACAUCUGAUAUUGCUUGGUUAUCCCACGCUGUAUCGUGUUUAUUACAAGAUCUGUUAGAAGGUGAAAAAUUGUAUCCACGAAAUGUCACAACUCAUGAGUCCAUAAUAGAUCAGGUCUUUGAAACGAUACCUGUUGAUGAUAUUAAUAUAAACAUUGAGGAAAGUUACAUGAAUGAGCGUGCGUCUACUGCUAUGCUAGGUUCUAAAUUCAAAAAUGAUGAAUCCUUUCACGACGAAGACGAAGAUACUCAAGAUAGCAUUAUUAUUACACCAAAUCCAUCUACAAAGAUAAAUGCUUUCAAUCUUCCAUCGUUGCUCGAGUCUGAUGAUAGUGAAUUUGAAGAAUUUUUAGAUAACAUUUUAGAAAGAGGCAAAACUAUUUUGAAAAAAGGUGGUACGAGCUCGAAGUAUUCUACUAUCACGAACUUUGGUAUUUCACAAGCAAUUGAUGCGAGAUUAGAAUAUGGAGUAGAAACUGGCGUGGCUAUUGCUCUUCGCAGACUUUCUACUUUGGGCAAAUAUAAUUUACCUAUUGGUAUAAAUGCUACGAUUAAUCCACCGAAGUAUACUUACAAUAGUGGUAAUUAUGGAACGAGAAAUGUAACAGAUUCUCCGCCAUCUAGUUUACUUAUGUUAACAAGAUGUUUUGAUAAAAUAUUUUGUGAACGUCAUGUACAGAGCUCAGGAAAUUUGGAGACACUUUUACAAUUAUGGUUAACAUUGAAUCUUGAUGCAUCGAGUGAUGCAUCGAAUUCGUCUCAGUAUUCAAUGCAACCAGUAAUUCCAUUGAGUGCAAAUGCAAUUAGUGGAUUAAUUUCUGCAUUUUCAUGGCACCCUGGUGUAUCUUUGCGUGCUUGGUGCUAUCUGUUGCAAACUUUAACUUUGGCUAGUAAUCAAGCAAUGAAGUCUGAGCUUAAUGAAGCUGCUAGUUGCAGUGCUUCACUGGACGGAUUAUUGGGUGGAAUGGCUAGCGUUAUUGUAAAAGAAAAAAAUAUGGGUGCCAUGCUUCUUCGGUUAUUGUCUGGAAACGGUUUGAAUAUUGAUUCGGCCAAUAAACAUUUUGGAAUGGCUGGUCCGACUUUGUGCCAAGCUCUACAAGAAUUCCUUUCAAGACUAGCCAUGCGUUGUGAUAUUGUCGCACCUGGUAGUUCGUUAGGAAAUUCAAUGAAAGAGCUUUUGUUAUGGGUUGUGUACCAAUUAGUCCAACCUGGUGGAGCAUUGGUUGCAAGACGUGGACCGCUCGAUGCACAAUGCAGAUUAAUCAACUCGUUACUAAAUAUGAAUUUCAACAACACCGAUUUAGGCACGGCCAUGAGUAUAACCGAGUGCGUCGGAGAAUUAGUUUCGAACCACGUUAGAGGAGUUAGAGUGGGAGCACAAUGUGGUAGUACGGCUGAAGCUUCAAGUCAACUUGCUGGCUUCGGCGGACUUUACACUUGCGUUUUGGGAAAUGAUUCAAAGCAGAGUAAACCAGCUUCAUGGGAUGCACUGGUUGUAGCCCUUUUAAAACUUGUAUGCAGACUUGUACAAACUCCAUUAGCUCCUAAUCCAACAGCACAAGAUGCAGGUACCGAAAUGGAAGUCGGAGAAUCAUAUAGCACAACCUCUAGUCAAUCAGAUAUACCAGAAAAAAUGAAUACAUCGCAAACUGAUGAAAGUAAAGCUGCUGAAAAACAAUCUUCAACGCGCCCACCGGUUUCGGAAACACCUCGAGUUCCCUGCAUUGCCGAUACUGUACUUCAACAUGAACCAACAAUGAUGCGUCUUAUGGGAGCACUGGCACAUUGCUCUAAAACUGCGUGGUCUCCUUCGAAAGUUCAAUCGUCGAGCCCGAAUAAUGCAACGGCUGAAACAAACAAUACUCCACCAACCAUUAUCGAUGCUACUUUCCAAUUAUUGGUUUUGUUGGUGAAAAAAACUAGUAACCCUAAACUAGUAUUGGGUCCGGUUUACAUAUAUCUUGCAUCUUCUACUAUCCAAAAUGUUGCUGAUGGUCUUGGAGAUAUGAUGGGUUUAUCGGAGCCUUUGCUUAGUUUUAUUUUACGAGCUUUAGACAACGAGGAAUGUUUAUCCCAUUUCACGACCAUGGGUGGUAUCAGAAUUCUAUGUGAAAAUCUUGUAAUGUCAAGCAAAAAUUAUGUAACCAAUAGUUCAAAUGCACCUGGAGUGAUAGCUCUGGUCAUGCAACAUUUAUCGAAUGCUUCGAAUAUUCAUAAUGUUGUGACAACGAAUGGUGGCAAUAAAAAGUCCUGCACCAGUUUAGAGCCUGAAGAAGUCUUGAUGAAUUUUGCACCUUUGGGUACAGUGACUUGGCUUCAUCCCACUGCUCAAGCAGCCGACGUUCUUAUUCAAAGUGCAACCCCUCACAGAAGAGCUAGAACUGCUGCAUGGUCAUAUCAUUUCUAUCCUGAUGAGAGCUGGAUUGAUCUUACAAUAACUCUUCCUUGCGCUAUUUUGUUGAAAGAAGUAGAGUUGCAACCGCAUUUAACUUCACUUGCAAAUGGUGUUAUUCCAGCAUGCCCAUCAGCCGUAGCUCUUGAAAUAUCUCGCGAGGGAAACACUGCCCUAGCUCCGAUUUGUCCGCCAAUGCCAACGGCUGGUCUAACUUUCAUACGUUUAACGUUGUCACAGCCAGAGGUAGCGACGGCCGUUCUAGUAAGACUGUACAAACCUCGUGAUUCAACAAAUAUAAGUCUGAGUCAAAUUCGUCUUUUGGGCAUAACUGCCUUCGGCAAUUCUAAAACACGCGACAAUGUCGACGUAGAGAAAGUUUCUAAAUCAAGUAUCGGCUGGUUGAGACUAAUACAUCAGUGCUUGUCUCUAAGUUCAUCAAACAGCCAACUAUCAGAAAAAAUAUUGAAAGCCGCUUCUAUGGUGGAAGGCUUGAUAGAAUCUUUCUGCGAUCUUCUUUUCCUUCCUGCCCCAUCAUUCUAUUUCCCUAACUUGGAAAAAGUUUUACUUCAGUUAGGUUUACACUCAGGAGAACUUGGAUUAAAAUUAAUAAAUUUAAUGUUGAGUAAUAGAACGGCACCGCUUUUGCAAAACACUUUAUACAAUAAAGAGUCUUGUCCGGUGCAAAUGGUCGUAGAGUUACUGGAACAAUUAUGUUCAGCUCAAGAUCAAAACACUAAGCAUCGAAUGGCAGCUGUUCUUGACUGGCUUCAUACUGUUGCGGUAACAUCUGUCAUGAGAAAUGCUGGCACCAACUUACCAGGUAUCUCUAAUACUGUAUCACCCCCAGCAGUAUACGUUCACUCAAUUUCUACAAUUAUUUGGAAAACUGCUAAGAUUGAAAACAUAAACUAUGAUUUAAAAGAACUUCUCGCUGAAGAUUUGUUUGAUGCUUUGUACCAAUGGACUUUGACCCUGAAAACACAUUCUGCGCUGAAACAAUCUAUUGACGCGGUUUUAUGUGCUUUUUGUUACGUAAAUCCAAACUUCUUCCAGUUACUACUGCAAAAAAUACAAAUAGCUGUACCAAAUCUCACCAGUGGCAGUCGGUAUAGUGCUUCUAUUUCAGAUGAUCAUAAGCAAAGCGAAGGGCAGACAGAUGAUGGGAAAUGCGUCGACUUGAAUGAUUUAUAUGCUCGACUAGCACAAUCUGAAUUUAAGCGUCUAUCGCUGACAGAAGGUCAACUAUUAUCUAUAGCUUCAGCUGCUAGGUCUUCACCUGGAGUAUGUCAGCUGAUUAAUUCGGGAUUACCAACUUUAUUAACUGCGUGCAUAAUAGAGUUUACAAUUUUGGAACGAUCACAGCAGACUCUACAGCAGAAACAUCAUGAUGAAGUUGAUAUGGCCGAAGCUGACUUAGGACCUUCUACUUCAACUGCUAAUCAUACGAUGAAUAGCAGUCGAAGUGUAACAGAUAGUGACAAAGUUCGUAACGUGAAAUUAGAUAAGAGCGUCAGUGAAUUGGAUAUGACUGAUCCAGAAAGUAUUGCCAUAGUUCUCGAAUUUUUGACUUUGGUUUGCUCUGAGAGUAAAAUGCGAGAUUGGCUUGGCUCAAAAGGUAGCGCAUUUUGGUUGCCAUUGUUACAGUUACUUUGCGAGAGACAAGUUGAUUACCCAACAGCAUCAACUGCAAGUUCCUCAAAUUUAAACUUGUCUUACACUAAAUUGGAAAGCGCUAUUAUCAAAUUUUUAUCAAAAUGUUGUUGGUAUCAUGAAGCUAAUCAAAACUUACUCGCUGAACUUUUGACACAAGUAAUUGUUCAACAAAAAAUACCAUCAGGUGCUAGAGGAUUACAUGGUAUUUCAGGUUUCAUAAGGCGUUUGAUUUUACAACUUCUACUCGAAGGCGAAAAGAUCUUGGUAUCAAUUACAUCUGAUAUUCCUAUGUCACUGGUGCCUAGCAGUAUUAGUACUAUUCCUGUAAUGCCACCACAUCCAGCAUUUCCUAUUGGGCAUUAUCAUCAUUUGUUAUACUUGUCUACGCAAUCAACAUUAAGUGAUAUUGCCGAUAAACUCAUAGGCGGUCGUCAAACUCGUGAUCAAUGGGCUGCCUGCUUGAGCGAAAUUAUGGAUACCCUAAAAAAGAACAAGAAAACUAAAGAUGCUUCGAAUAGGUCACAAGCACGGGGACAACCGCCUUGUACAGGUCCAAUGCGCACGAAUAGAGAAGAACCAGCAUUCCCAGCUAAAGAAUCAAAUUUGAAUCCAGCAACUCUUAUAAGUGCGCAUAAAUUGAGACUUGCACCAAAUGUUGGACCAAAUGUUGUGUUGCAACCUGACCUUUCAAUAGCUCAACUUUUAGCAUUUAUCAAAGAAAAUGGAAAUUCAUUUGCAGAGCCCUGCCUUUAUCUUUGCAUAGACCAACGAAAUACGUCAGUAAACAAAGAAGAACAAAUGAAAUUUAACGCGACGAUUCAAUGGCCUAGUAUCAGUAGUACAUUAGAAGUUUUCAGUUCAAAAGGAGGGCUGGCUGUGCUUGCACAGUAUUUGCCUCUUGUUUAUCCCGAUACAAGCAGACCAGUAACAUAUUUUGAAAAAUCACCCAAUCAAGAAGCGGCAACGGAAGCGGAUUGGGUUAAAAUUGAGCCUAUUUCAUCUGAAGCCAAUGAAUCUGCUUACGAAGAGAUGGACGAAAGUAGAACGGAGACUAUUCCAAAACCUAUUGUCCCAACUCCGCAAGUGCCUCCACAUUCACUGGCAGCUUUUGGUUUAUUCCUUCGACUUCCGGGUUAUUCUGAGGUUCUUUUGCGUGAUCGUAAGCGUGCGCAAUGUUUGCUGCGAUUAGCUCUCGGCGUGGGUGACGACGGUGAAGGCAGAGAUAUUUUGAGCUCGCCCAUAGCAUCUUCAUUACCAACUUUACCGUUCCAUGUGCUCAGACGAUUGUUCCACGACACUCCCCCUACCACGGAUGAUGGACUCCUUCUCCGCAGAAGUGCAGUAGAAGUGGGAGCUGUUCUUUUGCUUCUUAAUUGUCUUGCAGUUUUUACUCACCAGACAAGUAGCAUUGAUGGAUCAGAACAAAGAAGUUCCCAAACGGGUGGUCGAAGCGAUGAUAAGUCACAUUUGUAUUGGGCCAAAGGAACAGGUUUUGGUACCGGCUCAACUCAGCAAUCAUGGAAUGUUGAACAAGCUCUCAAUCGCCAACGUUCGGAAGAAGAACACGUCACAGUAUUACUGCAAGUUCUUGCGAGUUACAUUGGAUCUGGAGAACAGCCCCAAAGAGAACUACCUAGUGCAUUCACAGAGCUUUUAUCGCGUUCUUGUCUUUUGCCGGCUCUCUCGUCAUAUCUACGCAACGAUUCUGUUCUUGAUAUGGCUCGGCAUAUACCGCUUUAUCGAGCUAUUUUACAUCUCUUGAGAGCUAUGGCUAAUUCGAGUCAAUUAGCAAUGCUAUUGCUACCACAAACUGGACGAUCGAAUGAUCCUUCCAUUCUUUCUUUAUUAACGAACAUGCGACAAUGUGUUGACAAUUACGUUAAUAAAAUCAAUCGAGCAAAAGCUCUUGGCACUUCUAAAGGAAAAUCCGUUCCCAAAUUUUUGGAGGAGAGCGAUCAAGACGAAGGUUUAGCCUUGCUGAUACCAGAUAUACAAAAUAGUGCAAGUAUUGUUCAAGAUGCAACUGCUAAAUUAGUUGAAGCGAGUGAAGAUGUUGCAGGGCCAGCUUCAUCGGGGCCCGAAAUGCCACUCAGAUCCAUUGAGCAACGAUACCUCGAAGUUAUGAAAAAGCUUCAAUUUGAUGCAUACGAAAUGAUAGAAGAAAGUCCCGAUGGAGGAUUUAAGUUCGUUGUGUCUUACCACUUUGAAACGAAUAUGCGCUCAGCGGGUGAACGUCAUCAUCCAAGCCGUACUAAGCGACUGGCUCAGGAAGCAGUUACACUUUCAACUGCCCUCCCAUUAUCCUAUAGCAGCAGUGUCUUCGUGCGUUGUGAUACCGAUCGCUUAGACAUUAUGAAAGUCUUGAUCACUGGACCGGCCGAUACACCUUAUGCCAACGGUUGCUUUGAAUUUGAUGUUUACUUUCCACCUGAUUAUCCCAACAGUCCUAUGAUGAUUAAUUUAGAAACCACAGGAAGGCGUACUGUUCGAUUUAAUCCAAAUCUUUAUAAUGAUGGUAAAGUCUGCCUUAGUGUACUUAAUACCUGGCACGGCAGACCAGAAGAGAAAUGGAACGCACAGACUAGUAGUUUUCUUCAGGUACUUGUAUCAAUCCAGUCUUUAAUUUUGGUAUCUGAGCCAUAUUUCAAUGAACCUGGCUACGAAAGAUCUCGUGGAAGCACCAGUGGUGCUCAUUCCAGUCAGGAAUACAACGCUAACGUAUCUCAAGCUACCGUUAAAUGGGCAAUGCUAGAACAGAUUAAAAAUCCUUGUCCCUGUUUUAAAGAAGUUAUACAUACACACUUUUGGCUCAAGAAACAUGAAAUUUGCGCACAAGUAGAAGGCUGGAUCAGAGAAAUGGAAAAUUGUACUGUUGACCGACGAACUGGAAGAACAUUGUCAAUGACUGCUUUAGCCUUACAGAGACAUUAUAAGCACUUAAGAGAGGAAUUGAACAAAUUACCUACGCCUGAAGGCCUGGAAGAUCUAGCAGAGCCGCUGCGCUCACCAGCCUCACCCCUUGACAAUACUCUGACACCUGGUACACCUAACUCGCCUCCACCCUCAACAAUGGCCUCACAUUUCAUUAACUUGACCAAUCCCAUUCAGAGUACUAGUGCGUCUGAGACAACGAUGACUACGACAAGCAAUCACGUACAAAACGACAUCGACACAGAUGUUGAAAUGGAAAAAAUAGUCUCAAAAGUGUGCGACUGAGAAGCGCCGUACACGAGCAUAUUGUUGGAUAUUCUUUAAAGUCUAUUGUUACAGUUUUAUUGUGAAUAUAAAGAGACAUGCACGUAAUCAUCGACAUUAUUGCCGAUGUCGUUGAGGAAAAACCGAUAUAGAACUGUCUAUUGCGACUGAUGUAGCAUAAAAAUGAUACUGGGGAGAAACCGUUCUAUAGUAAGAUUAUUAGUGAAAAAAUGCGUGUGAAGAAAAAAAUCAAUAAUUAGUGGAGAAUAUGUGUUUUAUGUAAAUGCUCUCUAGAAGAGUCAUUAAAGUUAUUUUGCGCGAAAGAAUGAGGACGAAAAAUGAAUAGUUAUGUUAGUAGUUGCCAACAACUGCUGUAAUGAUGUGACGUGUGCUGCGUUUGUUUUACUAAUAUCGUAUGUAUUAAGAGGGAAAAUAACAAUCGUUACCUUUGCUAUUUAUGUUACAAAUAUUUCUCAUUUGCAAUGACACCUGAUUUUUAUAAAUAAACAUCAGAAUUCAGGGUCACGAGUUAGUUUUCUUUUAUUUUAUUAAUAGUUAUGAGGAAAGCCGUGUCGACCGCUGGGUUUAUCCUUAGAAUAAUUGUUGUGAAACGCAGGAUUUAUAGUUGUGUGGUUGCUGAUUGAGUAGGCCGAAAUUAUUUUUGAGUUCAAUUAAAUGUAUCGCUCGAAAUUUCCCAUAAAGUGAACGAAUGAGAUCGAUUUUUAUUGUGGAUGAACGAAAGAAAUUUUUAUCGACUCUUAAGAGUAGAUGUCGGUGAUAUUGAGCUCCAUGUACUAUUUUAAGUCGGCCUUGUUAGAAAAUAAUGGAAAACAAUUGAGCGUUUUAUUGAAGUAGUGCGUUUUAUAAUUCUAAUAGAUCAUUGGUGAAGUUGAUGAUAACCAUAAGACGUACACCAGUUUAUUAAGCGCGCAAUUGUAUUUUUCUUUUUUUAUUUGCAUUCAUAAAUCAUUAUUUAGUUUGUUGUUUAUAUAUACAUAUUAUAUAUGAAAUAUAUAUCUUUUCUCACUACAAAAGAAAAUGUUGACUUUGAUACUUAUACGUGAAAAUUACAAAAGAGAGUGUUUGGUGUAGAUAGCGUUAUGUUUAUAUGAAAAAGCGAUGAUGUGAUCAGAACUAAUCGUGAAGGAAUAUGAAAAUGUCCUUGACGGUACUGUCGAUCAAUGUAAAUAAUUUUCGAAUAAAGUAAUAUUGCACACACGCAUAUAUAUGUUUAUAAUUCUAAAGAGAGUAAUAAAAAAAUUAACUACGAUAAAAUGUCUUACAAAUGUUGAAAAGAGUGAACGAUACCGAAUCAAGCAAAACAAAAAUACCGAAAAAUUUUUAAUAAAACGAACAAACACUAUACAUAUAGAUUACUCUCUCUCUCUCUCUCUUGAAUCACACGAGAUGCGAUAUUGAUUUGAAUGUCGCUUUUCUGAUCAACAUGUUGUAAAGUGAUGUAUCGAACAAAAAAACGUGUUAAUAGUUAUUUAUAAUAAACAAUUGAUAUUACCCUCAGGGCAAAA